AUGGAAAACAGAAGUAAGUCUCAGCUCCUCCUGUUCCUGACGCUUUUCAGCAUGAUCUUCUCCCAAACAUUGGCUUGGCCUCUUUUUGGAGCACCUUCUGCUCUCAGACUGGGUGAAAGAAUUCAAUAUGAAGGAGCAAAUGAACCUGAUCAAGUAUCAUUAAAAGAAGACACUGACUUCUUGCAAAAUGCAUUAGCUGAAAAUGACACACCCUAUUAUGAUGUAUCCAGGAAUGCCAGACAUGCUGAUGGAGUCUUCACCAGUGACUAUAGUCGACUCUUGGGUCAACUUUCUGCCAAAAAGUACCUUGAGUCCCUAAUUGGAAAACGAGUUAGCAGUAACAUCUCAGAAGACCAGGGACCGAUCAAACGCCACUCAGAUGCAGUCUUCACUGACAACUAUACCCGUCUUCGAAAACAAAUGGCUGUAAAGAAAUACCUGAACUCAAUUCUGAAUGGGAAAAGGAGCAGUGAAGGAGAAUCCUUUGCCUUUCCGGAAGAGUUAGAAAAAUGAUGAAAAAGC